CCUGCAGUAAUACAGUAUACGAUGUGCAGUCACUAAUUCCGCUCGCAAACUCAGUCAUUGCUGUGCACUGCAGCGGCGCAGCCUUGGUCUGUUGUGGCUGUCAGCAUUAAGUCAUAUAUAAUAAUAUGAUAACAUUGACUCGGGGAACAGUACACACAGACCACGGGCAUAAAUAGACGAGCGCCCGCUCGUCCUUCAAGUCAUGCUAUUGGCUCGGGAGAAAACUCGGAUUACCUAUGGUACCAUUAUAUCGACAGUCUUCUCUCAGCCUUCAGGUAUCUCAAUCUGUGCCGCGAUUUGUAAAUGAGUUACGAUCUAUUCUCCGGUAGUCCUCGAUCAUCAGAAGGAACUUGGGAGAGACUGUGUCAAGUCGCUGUCAAAGGUGCCGAAUAUGACUCCCCUGAACGCCAGCCACAUCCAAGGUGUUUGGAAGGGACCCGAGUGACCCUUCUUGACGACAUUUACCAAUCACUAGACAAUCCAGAGAGGAGUCAACUCAUUUGGCUACAUGGCAUGGCGGGAGUCGGGAAGUCUGCAGUUGCAUUCUCUGUCGCUGAGAGGAUGAGAGGUCUGAGAAUCACAGAGCAGACGAAGACCGAGACACGGCUGGCGGGCACGUUCUUCUUCUCACGUAAAAAACCUAAUCGCUCCACAACUGGGUAUUUUUUUGCAACGCUUGCCUAUCAGCUUGCCUGCAAUUUCCCCAGCGUGCGGGAGGACUUGAACCGAGCUAUUCGCGACAAUCCUGCUCUUCUAGACCCCAACAAAUCUCUUCGCGACCAGAUGGAAGGACUUUUUCUGAGACCUCUGCGGGGGCUUCAAUUCAGACUGUCCAAUUGUCUGCCUUCUGCGUUCGUUAUCGAUGCCCUUGAUGAAUGUGUAUCCAAAACCGAGCUCACGAAUCUCAUCUCCUUGCUUGACCAAGCACUCCAUGAACCAAAUUUACCUGUGAUCCACAUCCUGCUAACUAGUCGCUCGGAAAACCAUAUCCGCAAGGCCAUUCAACAAACAGAGGGCAUAAGUACUGUGAUCAUCUCGUUAGAUGGUGCGGCAGAUGUUGACAAGGACAUACGCAAGUUCUUGGAGCAUUCCUUUGUAGAGCUCGAAAGUCAUCCUGGUUUUCCGCAGCCAACGGCAGAUGAACUUGCACAACUGACGAGCCGGGCGGGCAGGCGUUUCAUUGUGGCGUUCACGAUGAUGAAAUUCAUCGAAUAUGGAUACCAGGAUCCCCGCGAUCGACUUCAGGUCAUGCUCAGGUUCACGAGCGAGCUGCUACCAGGAAAGGAGGUGUACGAGUUAUACAACCGUAUCCUCGCCACAUGCGCCGACCCCGUGCGGGCAUACCUGCACUUGUCUGUCGUUGCCGCCCUUGCAGAUCCUCUCCCUAUCCGACAAAUAUCGGAACUUCUAGGUCCUGGCGAGGGUAUAGAUGUAGAGAGAACACUGGCGCAGCUACGAUCCGUCAUCGACAUUCCUACCGAUAGCAGUCUCCCGGUGAAUAUCUACCAUUCGUCGGUUCGUGACUAUGUUUCCGACCCUUCA